AUGCGUCGGCCGAUCUGGCGUUUCAGAUCAUUAGACCUACUCCUUCUACUUGCGCCAACCGCUGUCACCUCCACCUCCUCCAAAACCACCGCCUGCACCGCCUCCAGUACCUCCACCGGCACCUCCACCAGCCCCGAAACCUCCACCAGCACCAGCGCCGAUGCCAGCACCCCACCCUCCCCCAAUUCCCCCACCGCCACCACCACCUCCUCCACCGCCGCCGCCGCCAACUCCUCCGUCAGAGCUUCCUACCCCUGCCAUAUUCGAUUAGCUUGA